AUGUGGGCAACUUUUUUCACUUCGUUAAAGAAUUACACAUAUCUAUGGAAUCCCUCAAUCAGAAAAGUCAAGAAAAUUGCUUCCUUUCCCGUUCAAGACACAAUCUAUACUCUCACUAUCAUUGCUCUCGGGUUCGGGUUCCAUCGUGCCGAAAAUGACUACAAGGUUGUGAGGGUGACGAGGUUUAGACGCAAAGGCAAAAAAAGUAGGUUUGAGGUUGAGGUUUACAGCCUUAGACUGAAUGCUUGGAGAAGUAUUAGCGCAGUUCCUCCCAUUUCAUAUGAUGUCCAAGUUUCGCGACGCAGAUGUGCACUCUUGAAUGGUAUUGUGUACUGGAUGACAAUGGAGCCUAAUUCCUCCACUUUCAUUCUUUCUUUUGAUUUUGGCAGUGAGUAG